CUCUCCUCUAGGGCUCCGGCGGGGGAGACGCGGAGCCGGCCGGCGGUGGGGACAUGGCUGACCGGAAUGCCCCCAACUGCCACCUGCGGCUAGAGUGGGUCUAUGGCUACCGGGGUCACCAGUGCCGCAACAACCUCUACUACACGGCGGCUAAGGAGAUCGUCUACUUCGUGGCGGGGGUCGGCGUGGUCUACAGCCCCCGGGAGCACCGGCAGAAAUUCUACCUGGGGCACCAGGACGACAUCAUCAGCCUUGCUUUGCAUCCUGAACGAGUGUUGGUGGCAACAGGUCAAGUUGGAAAAGAACCAUAUAUCUGUGUUUGGGAUUCAUACACUGUGCAAACUAUAUCGAUACUGAAAGAUGUUCACACACAUGGUAUAGCUUGCUUGGCAUUUGACUUAGAUGGGCAGCGUUUGGUCUCAGUGGGUCUGGAUUCAAAAAAUACAAUAUGCGUGUGGGACUGGAGAAAAGGAAAAAUGUUAUCUAUGGCUCCUGGUCAUACAGACAGGAUAUUUGAUAUUUCUUGGGAUUUGUACCAACCAAACAAACUAGUCAGCUGUGGUGUAAAACAUAUUAAGUUCUGGAGCUUGUGUGGCAAUUCGUUGACACCAAAGCGUGGUGUUUUUGGCAAGACUGGUGAUCUCCAAACUAUACUCUGUCUAGCCUGUGCAAGAGAUGAAGUGACACAUUCUGGUGCACUUAAUGGAGAUAUAUAUGUAUGGAAAGGAAUUAAUCUCAUACGGACAAUACAAGGAGCACAUGCUGCAGGAAUUUUCAGCAUGAAUGCAUGUGAGGAAGGUUUUGCCACUGGUGGCAGGGAUGGCUGUGUUCGUCUAUGGGAUUUAAAUUUUAAACCAAUUACUGUGAUUGAUCUCAGGGAAACGGACCAGGGAUAUAAAGGUCUGUCUGUGAGAAGUGUUUGCUGGCGAGGAGACCAUAUCCUAGUUGGGACACAAGACAGUGAAAUUUUUGAGAUUGUUGUGCAUGAACGCAAUAAGCCUUUCCUGAUCAUGCAGGGGCACUGUGAAGGAGAGCUGUGGGCUCUGGCAGUCCAUCCUACAAAACCAUUGGCCAUGACUGGAAGUGAUGACCGAUCAGUCAGAAUUUGGAGCCUAAUAGACCAUGCAUUGAUUGCACGGUGCAAUAUGGAAGAACCAAUUCGCUGUGCAGCUGUUAGUACUGAUGGAAUCCAUCUUGCACUUGGCAUGAAGGAUGGCUCUUUCACUGUACUUCGAGUCAGGGAUAUGACAGAGGUUGUUCAUAUUAAAGACAGGAAAGAAGCCAUUCAUGAAUUAAAAUAUUCACCAGAUGGGACUUUCCUUGCUGUUGGCUCCAAUGACAGCUCUGUUGAUAUUUAUGGUGUUGUUCAGCGGUACAAAAAAGUUGGGGAAUGUGUUGGAUCUGUAAGUUUCAUCACUCAUAUGGACUGGUCUUCAGACAGUAAAUAUUUACAGACCAAUGAUGGCAGUGGGAAAAGACUUUUUUACAAGAUGCCAAGUGGAAAAGAAGUAACAAAUAAAGAAGAAUUAAAAGGCGUCCAAUGGGCUUCAUGGACAUGUGUUUAUGGCCUUGAAGUUAACGGAAUCUGGCCCAAAUAUUCAGAUAUCAAUGAUAUCAAUUCUGUAGAUGGAAAUUUUAAUGGUCAAGUUUUGGUUACAGCUGAUGACUAUGGAAUAGUAAAACUAUUCCGGUACCCUUGUUUAAGAAAAGGAGCAAAGUUUAAAAAAUAUCUUGGGCAUUCAGCUCAUGUGACAAAUGUCAGAUGGUCACAUGAUCAUCAGUGGGUUGUUUCUAUUGGUGGAGCUGAUCAUUCUGUCUUCCAGUGGAAAUUUGUCCCUGAACGGAAGCUGAAGGAUGCUAUUCACAUAGCACCCCAAGAAAGUCUGGUUGAUUCUAACAGUGAUGAAUCAGAUUCAGAUCAAUCUGAUGUUCCAGAGCUAGACUCUGAAAUUGAACAAGAGACUCAGAUCACAUACCGUCGACAGGUUUACAAAGAAGAUCUACCUCAGCUUAAAGAGCAAUGCAAAGAAAAACGAAAAAGUGCAGCUUCUAAAAGAAGAGAGAGAGCUCCAGGGAACAGUAUAAGAUUACACUUUGUUCAUGGUUACAGAGGUUAUGAUUGUCGGAGUAAUCUAUUUUACACUCAGACUGGUGAAAUUGUAUACCAUGUUGCAGCAGUGGGCGUAGUAUACAAUCGGCAGCAGAACACACAGCGCUUUUAUCUGGGUCAUGAUGAUGACAUUCUUUGCCUUGCUAUUCAUCCCUUAAAGGACUACGUGGCAACAGGCCAGGUUGGUCGAGAUUCCUCAAUACACAUUUGGGAUACAGAGACAAUCAAACCACUGUCAGUAUUAAAGGGCUAUCACCAGUAUGGUGUUUGUGCUGUUGAUUUUUCAGCGGAUGGCAAACGGUUGGCUUCUGUUGGCAUAGAUGAUAAUCAUACUAUUGUGCUCUGGGACUGGAAAAAAGGAGAGAAGCUUUCAGCAGUAAGAGGAAGCAAAGAUAAGAUUUUUGUUGUUAAAAUUAAUCCUUAUAUGCCUGAUAAACUGAUAACAGCAGGAAUUAAACACAUGAAAUUCUGGCAUAGAGCAGGGGGAGGACUGAUUGGGAGAAAGGGCUGCAUAGGUGCAAUGGGAAGAACUGAUACAAUGAUGUGUGCAGUAUACGGCUGGACUGAAGAGAUGGCAUUCUCUGGAACUUCCACUGGGGAUGUGUGUAUCUGGAGAGAUUUGUUUCUCAUAAAAACAGUCAAAGCACACGAUGGUCCAGUAUUUAGCAUGCAUGCAUUAGAAAAAGGAUUUGUAACUGGUGGAAAGGAUGGGGUAGUGGCUCUCUGGGAUGACACCUUUGAACGCUGUCUCAAAACCUAUGCCAUCAAACGAGCUGCUUUGGCCCCUGGCUCUAAAGGUCUCCUCUUAGAAGACAAUCCUUCUAUACGUGCCAUAUCGUUAGGACAUGGGCAUAUUUUAGUGGGCACAAAGAAUGGGGAAAUACUGGAGGUGGAUAAAAGUGGACCAAUAACUCUGCUGGUUCAGGGUCACAUGGAAGGGGAAGUUUGGGGUCUAGCCACCCAUCCUCAUUUACCUAUUUGUGCCACUGUAAGUGAUGACAAAACCUUAAGAAUAUGGGAUCUAUCUCCUAGCCAUUGUAUGUUAGCUGUUCGCAAAUUGAAAAAGGGGGGCAGAUGUUGCUGCUUUUCUCCUGAUGGAAAGGCAUUGGCUGUAGGUCUCAAUGAUGGAAGUUUCUUGAUGGUGAAUGCAGACACUCUGGAGGAUCUAGUCUCCUUCCACCACAGGAAGGAUGUUAUUUCAGAGAUUCGAUUUUCUCCUGGUGCUGGAAAAUACUUAGCGGUGGCAUCAUGUGACAGCUUUGUAGACAUCUACAAUGUAAUGAGCAGUAAGCGAGUGGGAAUCUGCAAGGGUGCCUCCAGUUACAUAACACACAUGGACUGGGACAUCAGAGGGAAGCUUUUACAAGUCAACACUGGUGCUAAAGAGCAGCUGUUCUUUGAAGCUCCUCGUGGGAAAAGACAGACAAUUCCCAAUUUGGAGGUUGAAAAAAUUGGCUGGGCAUCAUGGACAAGUGUUUUGGGCUCUUGCUGUGAAGGAAUCUGGCCAAUAAUUGGGGAAGUCACAGAUGUAACUGCUUCCUGCCUCACCAGUGAUAGUAAAGUCUUGGCCACAGGAGAUGAUUUUGGGUUUGUGAAACUUUUUCGAUUCCCUGCUAAAGGAAAGUUUGGAAAAUUUAAGAAGUACGUUGCCCAUAGUACGCAUGUAACAAAUGUUCGUUGGACUCAUGAGGACAGUUUGUUGGUCACUGUUGGUGGGGCAGACACAUCUCUAAUGCUGUGGACCUAUGAGAUGGAGGGACAUCGGGAGAGCAGGCAGUGUGAUAGUGAAGAAUCUGAUCUAGAUUCUGAGGAAGAUGGAGGUUAUGACAGUGAUGUGACACGAGAGAAUGAAAUUAAUUACACCAUUAAAGCCUUAUCAACAAACAUCAGACCAAUGUUUGGAAUUAAGCCUCAUCUGCAACAAAAGGAGCCAUCACUAGAUGAAAGGCAAGGGGUAGUAAGACCACCAGUUAGUAGGGCACUGCCACAGCCUGAAAAACUUCAGACAAAUAACGUUGGCAAAAAAAAGAGACCGAUAGAGGUCCAUUGUCACCCCACCCCACAAAUGUGUCUGAGCCACAGCUUUCUUCAGAGUCUAUCAGUUACAGAAACAGCACAUUCAGCCUAUGUGGUAUGGAGUCCCUCUUGGGAUCUAGUGUUGGAGCUGGUAUUUGGAUACCGAGGCAAGGACUGCAGGAACAAUGUUCACUAUCUGAAUGAUGGGGCUGAUAUAAUUUAUCAUACUGCAUCUGUUGGGAUUCUGUAUAACGUGGCAACAGGCUCUCAGUCUUUUUACCAGGAACAUAAUGAUGAUAUUCUGUGCCUCACUGUAAAUCAGCACCCCAAGUUUACCAACCUUGUGGCAACUGGCCAAGUAGGAGACUCAGCAGAUAUGUCAGCUACAGCUCCUUCUAUCCACGUGUGGGAUGCAAUGAACAAACAGACACUAUCUGUACUGCGUUGCUACCAUUCAAAGGGAGUUUGUUCAGUCAGUUUCAGUGCCACUGGCAAACUUCUCCUCUCUGUAGGGCUGGAUCCUGAACACACCAUUACCAUUUGGAAGUGGCAGGAAGGUGCCAAAAUUGCCAGCAGAGCUGGUCAUAACCAACGUAUAUUUGUAGCAGAAUUCAGACCGGAUUCAGAUACCCAGUUUGUUUCAGUGGGAGUAAAACAUGUGAGGUUUUGGACCCUUGCUGGAAGAGCUCUUCUCAGUAAAAAAGGGCUACUGAGUUCAAUAGAAGAUGCCCGGAUGCAGACCAUGCUAUCUGUAGCUUUUGGAGCUAAUAACUUGACAUUUACAGGUACCAUCAGUGGAGAUGUUUGUGUUUGGAAAGAUCAUGUGUUGGUACGCAUUGUGGCCAAAGCUCACAAUGGGCCUGUGUUCACAAUGUACACUACACUAAGAGAUGGUCUAAUCGUAACAGGAGGCAAAGAAAGACCAUCAAAGGAAGGAGGGGCUGUUAAACUAUGGGAUCAGGAGCUGAAGCGAUGUCGUGCCUUCAGAUUGGAAACAGGACAGAUGACUGACUGUGUUCGUUCUGUGUGUAGAGGCAAAGGAAAAAUUCUUGUUGGGACAAGGAAUGCUGAAAUAAUUGAAGUUGGAGAGAAAAAUGCAGCAUGUAACAUUCUAAUUAAUGGUCAUAUGGAUGGACCUAUCUGGGGACUGGCUACACAUCCUUCAAGAGAUUUUUUCCUUUCUGCUGCAGAAGAUGGGACAGUGAGACUCUGGGACAUUGCUGAAAAGAAGAUGCUGAACAAAGUCAGUUUGGGACAUGCAGCUCGUACUGUUUCUUACAGCCCCGAGGGGGACAUGGUGGCUAUUGGCAUGAAAAAUGGAGAAUUUAUUAUCUUGCUGGUGACCUCUCUAAAAAUAUGGGGGAAAAAAAGGGACAGAAGAUCUGCUAUCCAAGACAUAAGGUUCAGUCCAGAUUCUCGUUACUUAGCAGUGGGUACUAGUGAGAAUGCAGUGGAUUUUUAUGACUUGACAUUGGGUCCAACGCUAAAUCGAGUUAGCUACUGCAAAGAUAUCCCAAGCUUUGUUAUCCAGAUGGACUUCUCUGCAGAUAGUCAUUUUCUCCAGGUCUCUACAGGGUCUUACAAAAGGCAGGUCUAUGAAGUGCCUUCGGGAAAACAGCUUAUGGACCAGGCAGUGAUUGACAGAAUAACAUGGGCCAGUUGGACCAGUAUUCUAGGGGAUGAAGUAGUUGGAAUCUGGUCCAGGCAUGCUGAGAAAGCUGAUGUGAACUGUGCCUGUGUCUCUCACUCUGGAAUCAGCCUUGUAACAGGCGAUGACUUUGGCAUGGUCAAGCUGUUUGACUUUCCAUGUCCUGAAAAAUUUGCAAAACACAAGCGAUUUUUAGGUCACUCGGCCCAUUUGACUAAUAUUCGAUUUACAAGUGGGGAUAAAUACGUUGUCAGUGCUGGAGGGGAUGACUGCAGCUUAUUUAUCUGGAAAUGCGUGCAUAUGCCUCAUUAAGAGUGACAUGGAGCCUUUGCAAAGAGGACACUGCGGAAAAUUACAGGCAUGAAAGACCCAUGAGUGCAAUGAGACAUUCUACAGUGCCCUGCAGCUUAAGAAAUGGUGCUGAUCUAAGACAGACAACAAUCUGUCUCUGAAAGACAAGUGUCUAGAGUCUAUCAGAAGGAUAGACUAUAACAAAUAUGCUGCGCCCCCUAGAUUUGCAACAGUAAUUGCACUCACUGCCAGAUGUUGAAAAAGAAACACAUGGAUAAAAGGAAGAAGUGAGUUGUGGAUCAGUGUAUAGUUUCCCAAUGAGACAGUGGGGUUUUAAUCAAGAGAUGUUAUUUCUGACCUAAUGCUGUAUGUGAUGCAUUUAUUAUCAGCACGAAUGUGUUUCCUUUAAAUUCUGGGGAUUGAAUAUCAUUGAAACAGAUUACUCCUUUUUUUUUAAUUACUGAAAGGAAAACCAUCUAGCAGUUCUUAAAUAAAACUACACAGUAUUUUAAUAAAAGAUUAAAGUAAUAAAAUGGGAUAUGACAUUUCUAUGAAUAGUCAAAAAAUGAAGCAUUGUCUGGUGAAGCAGUAAUAGUAAAGUUUGCUCCUUAGACCUGCAGUAUUCAUGUGCUUAGAGGCCUGGGUCAUAAUCCUGUCUGAUGAAUGCUGUUAGGCAUGCAUGAACCCAUUCUUUAAGGCUAAUUUAGUGAUUUUAUCGCACUUAAACAUUAAAUUAGUUCCAUGAGCAGAAACAGAUUUGCUCACUUUGCGAGUGCCUUGCCCACAACCUAAAAGUCUAACUCCAGUUUUUGCCUUGCGAUAAAAGUGUUCUCAGUGGAAGGGAGAUUAAACUUGACUGAGCUGCUAGCCUCUUUGCUGGAAAUAUGAAAUAAGAUAAUUUUAGUCUCUGUAAAGACUGGGGUCACCAGUUGCAAAAACAGAAUUUCACAGCAAUAGGAAUUGUUGAUUUUAUUUUCUCAGUAUCACUUGGAGGAUGCAGAGAGAACAUAAUCUUUCCAAACACUGGUAUUUUGUACAUUCAGAUUUUUUAACUGGAAUAAAACUAGUUGGAAGAGAUCUUUAUUCAGCUCUCUCUUCUGAUUGUAAUGUAACAUCCAGUCAUAACUCUUCUUUAAGUAAGCAUGAAUGUUAAGGAUAUGGGCUUGCUUGUAACCCUUAGAAUAAGAACAUAUUCUAAAUGGCAAAUUAACACAGACUUAAACAUUUUAGUGAUGAUAAACUCCAGGAGAAAGUUGCAUUUUUGGUGAAACUAGGGAAGACUGCUUCAAUUGUUCGUUUGAAAUGAUCGAUCAGUGGAGGUGUGCUGUGGGCUAUAUCUGUUUUUUAAGCAGUGCAGUUAUUUUUCAUGCAACAUGAAAGGGAGCAAAAGUAACUAGCUCACAGGUUGCAUUAACAAAGUGCUGUUAAAUGUGAGUAGUGUUGCUAUGGUUACAGUUGAUAUUGUCUACUUAAGUCAGCGUUUGUUAAGGAUGGCAUUUGAUUCCAGAGCUGAGAUAGCAUAGCUGUUGUUAUUCACCUCUUUUAUCAUUUUACUCCAAGUAAAUGUAAAAAUGAAACAAAUAAACCUCAGCACCCACUGUAAA